AUUUCUAACCAACCAGUUGACGUAUUGUUAAUUUUUAAUAUUGUCUAUUGUUUAUUUUAUUUGUUUACUUUGGAAUUUUCAGUGUGCGAUAUAUACGAUUUUUUCUUCGAACGUAGUUUUCAAUAUUUCAUAAUGUUGAAGAUAUUUAUAGUUUUUUCAGUUGUGUUUAUUUAUACGGCAUACGCAGCUGUAAUAACAUGCGGGCCUAAUGAAGAGUUAGACCGGUGUCCCUCAAACUGCACGGAUGCUUGCCCAACAAGAAGCGGAGAGUUUAACAACUGCAGACGACCUAACAGACAACAUUGCCCGCCUCCGAAGUGCGUCUGUCAAUUUAACUACCGACGAGCUGAGAAUGGAACUUGCAUCCCUACAACAGAAUGUCUUGCAUUCGACUGUCCUAAUGAAAACGAAGAAUAUAAUCCCUGUCCCGGCUACUGUCCCACAGACGACUGCAGUCAAGCGACGCCGAACGGAGAAUGCCCUUUUUUCGGUUUGUUCCUAAUUGUCGUUGAAUGUCUACCAACUUGUAGAUGCCAACCAACAUACUGGAGAAAGGACGGCGUUUGUGUCCCCUACCAACAAUGCUUACUUAACAAAGAGUAAUCGUGAUUGGUAAUUUAAGAAACACGUGACUGAUCUAAUUAUUUAGGAAAUUCCGGUGAAUUAUUCACGUUAAGUAUUUAAACGUCUCUUGAAAAUAGCUAAAGUUAUAAAAGUCAAAAUGUAAUACAUGAUUAAAUACUUCAAAUAAAUAAAUAAGAAUUAAUAUGACAUUACAGAGAAGUUAAAUUAAUUCAGAGAUGAAAUAACUUAAAAGUCACUGCCAGGUUUUACCAUUUUACCAUCCUUGAGGAAAAUGUAGCAACAAGGGAAAAAAAUGUUUGAUCCUCAAAUAAAAUUUGUACAAAUAUGAGUUCCAUUUUUUUAAAGUAAGUUCCUGUGUUUGUUCCUGUAAUUUAUUAUUAAGAACAUUGAUUAUUGAUUCUUUCCGUUAGUGCAAUUUAUU